GCAGGCGCUGUCUGACAUCCCUAGUCCCAAUAUGAACACCACCACGCUGAAAGACAUCAAACUCUUCGACCUGCUCCCCAAGAAGGAGAAACUGAGGCACUACUUCCGCUACCUGGGCUCGCUCACCACACCAGGCUGCGAUGAGAAGGUGGUCUGGACCGUGUUCCGGGAGCCCAUUCAGCUCCACAAGGACCAGAUCCUGGCAUUCUCUCAGAAGCUGUAUUAUGACAAUGAGAAGAAACUGAAAAUGACAGACAAUGUCAGGCCCCUGCAGCCCCGGGGGCAGCGCCAGGUUUUCAGGUCCCAGGCCCCUGGACGGCUGCUGCCCUUGCCGCCGCCUGCCCUGCUGACCCCCGCGCUCACCUGCCUGACAGCAGGCUUCCUCCGAUGACGACUCAUGUUUGGACGCUUGACCUCUGGUCUCAGCCCUUCAGAGGGCUUCAGCCUGUGUUCCUCAGGCUUCCCAGGUUGGACUUUGGUGAUGAUUAAAAUAUGGACAUGUUUUUGGGGAAACCUCUCUCACGUCUGUUUUUAGUUCCCACAACUACUGCUGCCCUGCUCGUCUCAACCCACCCCAGCGUGCCAGGGUAGGGGCCUUAGGGCCUGGAGAUUUCUUCUGAGCCGGCACCCCUCCCACCUUUGUGCAUUCCCCGUUGACACCCCAAUUGGAGAGAUGCCGAAGGGACCUCAGAGCUCCAACACAGCCACAGCUGGAGAAGUUCCAAUCCAGCCUUUUAUUAUAUAAUGGGGGAAGCUGAGGCCCAGAAAGGAAAGGAGGCUGGGUGGAGGCCACAUAGUGAGGCCACGGCAGAGCCAGCUGAGAGCCGGCCAGCACCUUCCGCCCUGUACUAGGGGUGGAGAGUGCGGGUCCUGCGUGGGUACAGCCUAGGCGGGGUGGGUAGUGGGGUUCAUUUAUUUGCCCCAGUGUUUCUUGAGCAUCUAUGUUCUAGGCACUGGGGCAGUGGCGGGGAAUGAGACAGACAAAAUGCCUGUCCUCCUGAAGCUCACAGUCUAGCAGGAGACACUAUAAAUAAAGAGACACAUUGUA